AUGAAGUGGGGCUGGGUGUUUUUGGGGGUCUUCCUCUCCUUGGGGGCCCUGUCCUGGGGGGAGAAGGGCUUGGAAAUCCCUGAGUAUGAUGGAAAAGACCGUGUUCAUGUCCUCAACGCCAAGAACUACAAGUCCAUCAUGAAGAAGUUCGACGUGAUGGUGAUCUACUUCCACAAAAAUGUUGACGGAAACCGCAAUGCCAUGAAGCAGUUUCAGAUAGAAGAGCUGGCGUUGGAGCUUGCAGCUCAAGUUCUGGCUGAUUUUGACGAUGAGGACAUUGGAUUUGGCCUGGUGGACGAAAAGAAGGACAUUGCUGUUGCCAAGAAGCUGGGUCUGGACGAGGUAGAGAGCAUCUACAUCUUUGCCGACGAUGAGAUCAUUGAGUACGAUGGAGAGCUGGCAUCCGACACUCUGGUUGAGUUUCUCUAUGAUGUGAUUGAAGACCCUGUGGAGAUCAUUGACAACGAGCGUGAGCUCAAAGGUUUCCACAACAUUGAUGAGGUCAUCAAGCUGGUCGGCUAUUUCAAGAGCGAGAAAUCUGCUCACUACAUUGAGUAUGAUGAUGCUGCUGAGGAGUUCCACCCCUUCGUCAAGUUCUAUGCCACAUUUGACCCUAAGAUCGGCAAGAAGCUUAAGCUGAAGAUGAAUGAAGUUGACUUCUACGAGCCAUUCAUGGAGGAAUCCGUCACCAUCCCAGGAAAGCCCUACACUGAGGCUGAGCUUGUCGAAUACAUUGAACAGCAUGACAGGCCAACUCUGAGGAAACUUGAGCCCCACAGCAUGUAUGAAAUCUGGGAGGAUGACAUUGAUGGAGAGCAUAUUGUUGCCUUUGCUGAAGAAGAUGACCCAGACGGUUUUGAGUUUCUGGAAAUCCUGAAGGAGGUGGCACGUGAAAACACAGAUAACCCUAACCUCAGCAUCAUCUGGAUCGAUCCUGACGAUUUCCCCCUGCUGGUUCCAUACUGGGAGAAGACCUUCCGCAUUGACCUGUCUUCUCCUCAGAUUGGUGUGGUUGAUGUUGAGGAUGCUGACAGCGUGUGGCUGGAGAUGGACGACCAAGAUGACAUGCCAACAGCUGACGAGCUGGAGCAGUGGGUUGAGGACGUUCUGUCCGGAAAGAUUGAUCCAGAUAAUGAUGACGAAGAGGAAGAUGAUGAUGAUGACGAUGAUGAUGAUGAUGAUGAUGAUGACGACGACGAUGAUGAUGACGACGAUGAUGAUGACGAUGAUGACGAUGACGAUGAUGACGAUGACGAUGAUGACGAUGAUGAUGACGACGAUGAUGACGACGAUGAUGAAUAAAUGUUUACUACCAUUCGGUUCACUAUGCUUAAGCCAAUAAUGGCAAAACCCAAAAGUAGUACCAGAUUUAGUAAACACGGUGGUUCCUGCGUCGGUUCCUGCUUCCUGUAUGGUUUCCUGUGAGGGACAAAUAUAAUGACCCUAUGGGGAGGUUUUAAUGUCAAUCAGGGAAGGAGAAUUAUAUGAAGCAGAGGAUUUUCAUCUCUGAAGACGAACAGGAUUGCAGUUUAAAAUGAUAAUGUGUUAUAUGUCCUUUGUUACUGAAUUCAAAUCUGCUCAUCUUUCACCUCUGAAGUUUACAAUGAAUGUAGCUAAGAGGCUAAUAGACGCUAACUCACGGGACAUUUUGUACUUAAUGUCAAAGACCAUGGUUCAUACACCAUACUUUUUCAUACUCUCCAAUUUACUGUAAUCCAACAAUGAAAUGUUUUCUACUGGAGAGGAGAAAAAACACGUAAUAUUUUUAAAGAGAAUAAGCCUAAACUCACUGGACAGUCUUACGAUCUUGGAAAAUCUUGGAAAACUAUUCAGAGACUGGAUAGUAAAAAAAUUACAAAAUGAUUUGUUUCUACUCUCAUAUUAAAAAUGAAAGACAAAAAUAUUUUAAAACCAA